AUAAUUUUACAGACAAUUUAUAUUCUCACACAGACAUCUGAAAAUAAAAAAAUCUGGCAUCUCUUGUAGAAGAAAACAACAAAAACAAAUCAUCACAAAUGCAAAGAGUAAUUGCAUCUCUUCAACUACUUUUAAUUUAAUAAAACACACAAUGGAGGAAGACUUCGGUGGUGUCACGGAUUCUCCAAAACGAGGCCCUACCCUGUCAACAUCCACUUCUAGCUUUGAACCAUUCGAUGCACACGAUCCGAACUUAUCUCGAUUGGCGACCAAAAUGUUUCAAAAAACAGGCGAAUACAUUACACACGAACUGAGCACUACUGUUGAAGAUUAUAAACUGAUCGAGAAUAUGAACAAAGCUAUGAUGGGGAAGGUGUCGGAAAUGAGACAAAUGUCCGAUUCUAUAGCAGCCAAAAAUAACGAACUGAACAGGAAUUAUGAAGAGUUGAAACCUCUACUGCAGAAAAUCGACGACAUUGAAUCCACGGUUGACAAACUAGAAGCAGCAGCUUAUCAGUUGGAUGCGUACACGAUUCGGUUGGAAAAUAAGUUCAAAACUUUGAAGUCCAAAAAAUAACUUAACGUUGUCGGUUGUAGCGACAAUACGGCUCAAAAUUACUGAACAUGUUCUCUCGUCAUUUAGUCAAAUUCAAAUUGUGUGAUCUGUGGAUUGCAAUAUGUUGCAAAACACCUGUCAUCGCAGAACCCGUAUUCCAGUUUUACUCAUUUACGCUUUCAAAAUAAAAAUGCAUCGUGAUUAAAUAUAAAGCAUUACAUUUAAUAUAGUACACAUGAAUCAUUCAUAACAGCACAAACCAUUGUAGAAGUUAGCACCGUUUAUCAUCCUAAUAACAAUUUGAAUACUAUCGCUAUAA